AUGGCUGCAAAGCGUGCCACAAAGAGAACAGUAGCCAGAGCCAGAAGUGACCACUUACAACCCCUCUAUGAGAAGUUGGAGUCCUCUGAGGGGCAGAAGCUAAUCUAUAAGUUGGCUCGCUCUAGUAUUAAAGCAGCACAGGAUAUUUCCAAGUGCCGCUCUGUGAAAGAUCUUGGGGGCGACCUAUUAUGCGAGGACCUCGCGGUGAAGGAGAGUUGGCGCUCAUUCUUCAACGAGCUGUUAAACAAGCAGCAUGAAGAGGUGCAACCAAGGAAAGCUGUAGGAGCCGACGGAGUCUUUAUCGAGGCAUAG